AUGCCUAAAUGGUUCUCCAUUAACAGUGCAUUCGCCCAAUACUUCACCAAAAACAUCGUUGAUCAGUUCGACUAUUCGGCGGUGGAGGCAGGCAUUGAUGCUCAGCAUGUCAACGGUACAGGUCAAACAGCAAGCGAACAACAAGAGAUCACUGACGACUGCCUCUUUCUCGACGUCAUCGUACCACAUGCAGUUCUCAAUAAGUCCAAUACAUCGUCUCUAGCACCUGUGAUGAUCUGGAUCCACGGGGGCGCAUAUGUUACAGGGAAUAAAAUCGACAGCAGCGCAGGCGACCCAAGUGGCCUAAUCAGUGCGAGCCAGAAGAAUGGCUCCGAAGGUUUCAUCUAUGUGUCAAUGAACUAUCGACUGGGAGGCCUUGGUUUCAUGUCUGGGGAAUUGUUCGAGAGUCAAGGCGGCAUCCCGAAUCUCGGGCUACGGUCUUAG